UUAUCUUUCUUUAUAAAAAAGUAACAAAUAAUGGUACAAUAAUACAUCAAUUAAACUUUUCACUUGUAUAAAACCAAUUAAAUUCAAAAUAAAAAUACUGGUUACGUAUUUCCUCCUAAUUGGAUAUACCCGUAAGCCUUAUAGCAUAUAAUGGGUACUAAUCUCGCUCCGCAGAAGGCAAGCGAAACUUUAAAGUUUAGUUCAUUUUUUGGCACUGGGCGGAGCGGUUCACACUAAUAAGUCAUAAGUCAUUAGUAUGCAUAAUUUUCAACUGACAUUCGUUUGCCUGGCACUGUUCACUUUUAGCAGUUCCUUUGGAUACCAUUCUGAACCUGCUCCUCACACAAAUCCGAAACAUGAUCAUCUUCUUCGGAGCACCCGUCCAUCUCCAACUACUACAAUGACAACAGAUUCAACCUCAACUAGCUUAAUGACAACAGAUUCAACCCCAAGUGAGACGCAAUCUACUUCGGAUACAUCUACUGAAGAAAGUACAGAGACUUCAGACUUUACCGAAAGUUCAACAGGGAACUUUUCCACGACAACAGAAAUUUCAAAGGACAAUGAGACUCCAAAUCGAAAAACUUUAAUAUUCUGUAUUUUUGGCACUGCAAUAUCCUUGGUUAUUUUAGUAGCUCUAAUAUACUGCAUUCGACGCCAUCAUGGUUCAUAUUCUGUGAAAGAGCAAUGCAAGCCCUUUGAAAGUACUGUAUAUUUUAAUAAUAUUAAUAAAUAAUAUUAUCUAACUAAAAGGAUUUAAAUCAUAACUUUCAAACAAAUUUGUAUACAUUUAUACAAUUUUUGACACGAGUCUUCAAAUACUAGAAAUAAACAUGACUCAUUUUUUUCCGGCAA